CUCGGAUCCCGAUCAGCGACAAUGCUGAUCUCGCAGAAAUACCAUGCCCGUUGUACCGAUCAUCGAAGGGCUAGAUUCGAGAACAAAAACUUUUUGUAUGUCGUUGCUCAUGAUUCCGUGAUACCGACCAUCGAAUGGCCAGAUUCGACUUGCGACACACUCGCGUCCGUUUCACCGACGAUCUAUCAUGACACCGUAUGGAAAGUCGCUGAAGGUAGCGACAUAAAUAAGUGCAUCAAACCCGCUCCGAACUGACGUCCAUCUCAUCCAUUGUCCAGCAUCUUUCGUACACUUCUCACAAGUCACUCCAGCUUUCAUAACACUAUCGUCAACACACAACACUAUUGAACAUGUCUUCUCGACCAAUUGACGUAGCCGUCGUCGGCGGUGGCAUGGGUGGUCUCUGCGCCGCCAUUGGCCUCCUCAAACACCCCAACCUACGCGUCCAAAUCUACGAAGCCGCACAUCAGUUCUCGGAAAUCGGCGCCGGCGUGGCCGUCGGGCCCAACGCCCAGCGCGCCCUCAAACUCAUCGGCGACUCGACCGAGGCGGCAUACCUUCGCCUAGCCACGCACAACAAAUGGGAGAAGCACGCAAACACCUUCUUCGAGUACCGCAUGGGAAUGGGCGAGAAGGAGGGCGAGCUGAUUGUCGCGCCGAAGAACGAGACGGGCCAGGCGACGGUGCAUCGCGCCAAGUUUCUGGAGGAGUUCAUCAAACUUGUGCCAAAGGAGGUUUGCCAUUUUGGUAAACGACUGGAUCGCAUUGAGGAGCUGGAAGGGGGCAGGAUUCGACUGCAUUUCCACGAUGCGUCGACGGCCGAGGCGGACUGCGUAAUUGGUGCCGAUGGUAUCCACAGCGUCGUCCGUAAGCACUUGCUGGGCGACGAUCCUGCUGCCAACGCGGUCUUUACCGGCAGUGUGGCGUACAGAGGCCUGGUGCCCAUGGAGAACGCCGUGGCGGAGAUUGGCGAGGAGUUCGCGACGAACUCGUUUAUCUGGUGUGGUGACGGCGCCUCGGUCACGACCUACCCUGUCGACGAGGGCAAGACAUUCAACAUCGUGGCUAUCAACAGCUCCUACGAGAAAUGGGAAGGCCCGUCGGUCGUGAAGGCGGAUUACAGCAAGAUUGCACACGAGUUUGGGGGCUGGGGUGAGCAUGUUACGAAAAUCAUCAAGCUCUUGGACACCGAUGAGACGGCUGCUUGGUCCAUGUGGGAUAUGCCUCCUGCUAGCACGUACUGUGCACGGACCAUCGCCAUGAUCGGUGAUGCGGCCCACGCCUGUUUGCCCUUUCAGGGGCAAGGGGCGGGCCAGAGCAUAGAAGAUGCGUUCGUGAUUGAGUCGGUGCUGGGCCUGGUGGAGAAGCCGGAAGAGUUGGCAUACGCCUUCCGAGCAUAUGACCGAAUCCGCCGGAGGCGCACUCAAGAGGUGGUCAAGACAAGCCGAGAAAUGGGUGAGAUCCUUGCUCUUAGACUCCCAGCAAUCAAGAACAACCUUGAUGCAUUCAAAGAGAACGUGCAGUGGCGGAUGGAUUGGAUGUGGCAUCGUGAUGUCGAUGGCGAGCGGAGGGAAGCAGAGAUUGUCUUCAACAGGCUGAGAAAAGGACAGAGCAUUGACUGAGGGGUGAUUGAGAACAUUACAGCGCUGAUAGGAC